AUGUCCCGGAAUCUCCUACCCUUACUGAAUAGGCGGCUGUCCACCUUUAAAGCUAUUGGAAGGCCACUAAAUGUCCUAUUAUUUGGUUCAGACCAAUUUAGCACCCACAUUUUGCGCGGCCUGAUAUCGUUGAAGAAGAGCCAAGUACUAGACCGAAUACAGGUUGUAACACGUCCAGCAAAAAAAUGCGGCCGAAACAAUCAGGAAAUGAAGGAGCCAGCAAUCGUUGAAUACGUGCAAAAGAGCGGCCUUGCUGAGCCUAUUAGAUGUGAUUCUCGUAGCGGCUUGCUGCAGUUGCAUGAUAAAACACACCAAUUCGACGUUCUGCUAGCUGUGUCUUUUGGUCUGCUAAUACCCAGUGAGCUUAUAUCAGGUGUCCGCUGGGCAUUUAAUGUCCACCCUUCUUUACUGCCGCGUUAUCGCGGCUCAUCCCCUAUUCAGUACACCUUAAUGAACCAUGAUCCCGUCACUGGCGUCACAAUACAGACCUUGCAUCCCACGCGUUUUGAUCACGGCACGGUUGUCGCCCAGACUCCAGAACUUGAUACCCAGGAACUGCUCAAUAGAGGCUACUGUAGCAACUUCGAUGAAUCAGUUCCCGUUCAGUAUCGUUCCUUAAUGGAUCAGCUUGGGAUCCAGGGCAGUUUGUUGUUGAACAACCAUUUACAAAAUAACCUAAUAGAAUCGAAACCCCUGCAGCCACCCUAUACGCCGUCAAAGGCCCCACGCAUCACCGGUGAACUCUGCAAUAUCAAUUGGGCAAAGGAUACAACUGCGACUGUGCUGGGCAAGCACCACGCCCUAGGUGCGCUAUACACAUUCAAGAGCGUUCAGCAGAAACGGUCCAAAAGUCCAAUGCUGCGCCGCGUUAAAUUCAUAGAAAUAAACUCAGUUGAACAUGAAAUAAACGGCGAAAGACUAAAGCCAGGCUCAUUUACUUACGACCAGGAUCGAAACCUGCUGCUUAUACAUCUCACCGAUGGUGUUUUAUCGGUCUCUAAGAUCCUAUUUCAAGGCUACAAGCAGGAAACGGCGGACAGAUUCAUGACGAGUUUCCGUAAGCGCUGUGGGUUGCUAUUGGAUCAGCAAUUUGAGUGA